AAGAAAGCCAAGAAGAGGCAGCAGCAGGGAGAGGGUGGAUCUUCCAAUGUGUUCUCCAUGUUUGAGCAGAGCCAGAUUCAGGAGUACAAGGAGGCUUUCACAAUCAUUGAUCAGAACAGAGAUGGCAUCAUCAGCAAGGAUGAUCUUAGGGACGUGCUGGCCACUAUGGGUCAACUGAACGUGAAGAAUGAGGAGCUGGAAGCCAUGGUCAAAGAGGCCAGCGGCCCUAUCAACUUCACCGUCUUCCUCACCAUGUUCGGCGAGAAGCUGAAGGGUGCUGAUCCCGAAGAUGUUAUCGUGAGCGCUUUCAAGGUCCUUGACCCCGAGGCUACCGGCUUCAUCAAGAAGGAAUUCAUUGAGGAGCUCCUGACCACCCAGUGCGACAGGUUCACCGCUGAGGAGAUGACCAACCUGUGGGCUGCCUUUCCCCCAGAUGUGGCUGGCAACGUAGACUAUAAACAGAUCUGCUAUGUCAUCACACACGGAGAGGAGAAGGAGGAUGAGUAAAUCCACUUUUUCAAUCCCUCUGCCUCUCUCCGUCAUCCCCCUCACUACCCCCUUCUCCAACUCUGUGGCCCGCUUACACGCUCCCCUCGCUCUUCUCUCCAUCUCCACCCCGCUCACUAUGAAAGACUUGUCUCCUUUAUCGAGAUACUUUGAGUUGAGAGGAUUGAAGGCUACGGAGGUGUGCUGUGUGUGAGUAUCGACAGUGGGAUUAUUUGAAAAUAAAAUAAUCUUGUACCAUCACAACUGUUCCUCUCUAUCUCCCUCCCUGCCUCCGAUUCCUUCUCUUCUUCCCCAUCCCUCACUUCUAUCUCCCCCUGUCGAAUCGAACAGCGCGUGCAUCAUACCUACAUCAUGUAUGCCUAUAGAGUUCAGUAUCUACAGAAAAACACUUUUACUCUUGGGUGCUGUGGUGUAUGCUCUAUUGUUUAUUUGAAACAAGUAGGCAUAUUGACCUGCAAGGUCUGUUUUGUCUCGACUUGAUGUGAAGUAAUCAUGUGCUGGAAAAAAGGAACGCUAAAAAGGGACGAGUACUGCACUAAAAUAGCUUGCGUACUCCUCUCUCUUAAUUUCUCUAUCUCUUUCUCGUCAAUAGGCACAAAAGGAAAGGUGGUUGAAUAAGAGUAAAGCAUGGUUUAGCAGUAGGUGC